GACUGGAGGUUUAUUACAAUGGAUCCUGGGGAACAGUCUGUGAUGACUCCUGGGAUCUGGUUAAUGCUAACGUGGUAUGUAGGCAACUAAGGUGUGGUUAUGCUUUGGAGAAAAAAAAAACUCUGAACUGUGGACGAAGCACUGGAGAAAUUUGGUUGGAUGAAGUGAAAUGUUCGGGUAAUGAAAAGUAUCUCUGGACAUGUCCUUCGGCGCUGUGGGGCUAUCAUGACUGCAGCCAUAAAGAAGAUGUGACAGUGGAGUGUUCCGAACACAAAGAGAUGCGCCUUGUGAAAGGAAAACACAGCUGCGAAGGGAGAGUGGAAGUGCGGUACCAUGGGAGAUGGGGAACAGUUUGUUCCGAAGAACUGGAUAGUGAAGCUGCGAAUGUGAUCUGCAAGCAAAUGAACUGCGGAACCUUGGAAUCUAUCGACUAUUACUCCCAGAAAUACGAAAAAGGAUCUGAUCCAAUAUGGCUGGAUGGAAUAAAAUGUCUCUCGUACGAGUCGACUCUUUGGCAGUGUCAUGCAAAACCUUGGGGGAAACACGACUGUCAAUAUAACUCACAUGCAGGUGUUGAAUGUAAAGAGGCCAAAAAACCGGACCGGUCCAGUGUAAAGGUUUGCGAAGCACGCAAUAUAUCUCAACCUGUUUAUGCAGCAGAACCAACGUUGCGCGUUUCUGGCGGCAAAACCAAUUGCUCUGGAAGGUUGGAGAUAAAGUUCAAUAAUACCUGGGGCACGAUAUGUGAUGAUUCCUGGGAUCUGGCCGAUGCCAAUGUGGCGUGCAGGCAGUUGGGCUGUGGCUCUGCCCUUUUGACUGGAGUGCCGGAUAAAAUUAUCCAGGACGUCGGCGAUCUUUGGUUGGACGAAGUGAAAUGCAAAGGAAGUGAAUCUUUCCUGUCCAGUUGUCCUUCCUCUCCACUCGGUCAGCAUGACUGUGAUCAUAAGGAAGAUGUCUUUGUUGUUUGUUCAGUAUUGGAAAACAGGUUCUCCUCCAUCUUCUUUGCUGUCUGCGUGACGUUUGGAAUCGUUGUCGUGGGCGAGUUAUUCACAAUGAUAGUGAUAAAGCGGAGAAGAGACGCAGAGUUUGCAGGCAGAGCUUCAUCUGAUAUUUUUUACCAAGCAAUUUAUGAAGAAAUUGAGAAUACACCCUUCAGCAAGAAUUUGAACGAUGCACACGGUUCAGAAUUUGGUUCCAUUGAUUCCAUCAAUCAAAUCGCAUAUUACACCAGUAACGCUUUUAACAACACCGAAAUUAAACCAGAAUGUAUUGAAGAAAACUCUAGUUUUCCAGAUCUGGUUAACACCGAAUAUAACGGCGAAGAAAAUAGAACUAUUGAUUCUCCUGAUGCUAUGAUCCUGUUAGCCGACGGUGCGGACGAUUUUCGGAUGCUCAGAGUUGCCGAUGAAAGUAAUUUAGUGUAAAGUCCACGAUCCCCUCUUCUAAAGCGAGUCUUGAAGAAUGGAAACCUUCCGAGUAGCCUGUCCUUUCAUCUCUCCAGAAAGAUAAAGAUGUCGAUCGUCAGGUUAUUGGCCU